AUGUACCUGUUUCACACAUGGGGAAGCCACGAAGUUUACCAGGGAAAACAAUGGAGCUGCCUAGACAUUUGGCUAAUUUUAUGCUUGUUUCCAAGCACCUGCGUAUCAAAACCUUCAAAACCCAAUUUUUUACUGAUACUGGUUGAUGAUCUUGGUAUUGGAGAUGUGGGUUGCUAUGGCAAUGAUACAAUAAGGACCCCUAACAUUGAUGGCCUGGCAAAGGAAGGAGUGAGACUUACUCAGCACGUUGCUGCAGCUGCUGUCUGUACUCCGAGCAGAGCAGCUUUUCUGACCGGCAGAUACCCCAUCAGAUCAGGCAUGGCAUCCAGCACUCAACAGCGGGUUCUCUUUUGGAACGGGUGUUCUGGCGGGCUCCCACCAAAUGAAACUACUUUUGCCAGAAUACUGCACCAGCAAGGUUAUUCUACAGCACUUGUAGGGAAGUGGCAUAUGGGUGUGAACUGCAAAUCCCGCCGUGAUCACUGCCACCAUCCUUUAAAUCAUGGCUUUGAUUAUUUUUACGGCAUGCCUUUUACCCUUUUGAAUGAGUGUCAAGGCACAGAUGACCCUGAACUGGCCAAGUCUUUGCAAGAUACAUACUGGCUUUACACACAGAUUAUCAUCCUUGCAGUGCUUACUCUUGUGAUUGGAAAACUUACCAAUUUAUUCUCAGUAAAAUGGAAAAUAAUCAUAUGUCUUGCCAUCUGUGGUCUCCUGUAUUUCAUCUCCUGGUUCUCCAGCUAUGGUUUCACCAAGUACUGGAACUGUAUCCUGAUGAGAAACUUUGAUAUCACUGAACAACCGAUGAAUCUAGAAAAAACUACUUCUAAUAUGCUGAAGGAGGCAGUUUCAUUCAUUGAAAGAAACAAACAUAGACCAUUUCUUCUCUUUGUUUCCCUUUUACAUGUUCACACCCCUCUCAUUACCACAGAGAAGUUUCAGGGAAGAAGCAGGCAUGGCCUAUAUGGAGAUAAUGUAGAAGAGAUGGACUGGAUGGUGGGCAGGCUUCUGGAUGUUAUUGACAAAGAAGGCUUGAAGAAUACCACAUUAAUUUAUUUUGCAUCUGAUCAUGGAGGAUCCUUAGAGGCUCACAGAGGAAAUGCUCAAUUGGGUGGAUGGAAUGGGAUCUAUAAAGGUGGAAAAGGAAUGGGAGGCUGGGAAGGAGGGAUCCGUGUCCCAGGAAUAGUUAGAUGGCCAGGAGUGUUGCCUGCAGGGACAGUUAUCAAUGAACUGACAAGCCUUAUGGACAUUUUUCCAACAGUGGUUCACCUGGCUGGAGGGGCAGUGCCUGAGGACAGGGUGAUCGACGGGCGCACCUUGCUGCCUUUGCUGCGGGGGACAGUCCAGCACUCCGGGCACGAGUUCAUGUUUCACUACUGCGGUGUGUUUCUGCAUGCAGUGCGGUGGCACCAAAAGGACAGUGGCACCAUAUGGAAAGCUCAUUAUGCUACUCCAGUAUUCCAACCGGAAACCUCAGGGGCCUGUUUUGGAAGAGGAAUUUGCCCGUGUUUUGGGGAUGGUGUAACCCAUCAUGACCCUCCACUACUGUUUGAUCUCUCACAAGAUCCUUCUGAGGCAAAUCCUCUAUCAGCUGACACUGAGCCCUUGUUCGACACUGUAACAAGGAGAAUAGGAAGAGCUGUAGAAGAGCACCGCAAGACCCUGUCUCCAGUCCCACAACAGCUGUCUCCUUACAAUAAUAUAUGGAAGCCAUGGCUGCAGCCAUGCUGUGGCACAUUCCCGUUCUGUUGGUGUGAUGAAGAAAACAACAAAGCAGGUGGCAUACUUUAA